AUGACCUUCACCGAUGAGGAACUCGACCGCGACUGGCAGCCCAGCGGCCGUCGCCCCCAAUCAACCAUAGCUCGCUCUUUUAGCGCGGAGCUGAUGGACAUCUUCCGCAUCGAAAACUCUCUUACGGACCUGGAUCAGCAAGUCCAUGCCAAGAAGCAAACCGUCGACAAGAACGCCGAAGAACUUGCAGCUCUCGAAGCCCGCCUUCGCGAAAUGGAGGAUCGCCUUCGUCGCUCCACAGGCGGUGCUCUGCAACAAUCUCCACAGCCUCAGACCCAGACCGCCAACCAGGCUCAGCAGCAGCCCAGCUCCCUCGACACCCCCAAGGACGACUCCAAGGCUCGAUCACGACCAGGAACUGCUCGCGCCUCCCAGCAGGCUCCCUCUUCGGGAAACAUGCCCCCGACCCCAGGUGCUAGUGAAGGUGAAUACUACGUCGUCACCCGCGAUGACUUACAGGACGGCCCGCGCUGA